CGUAAACACGAGUCAAAAGCUUAGGACGUGCCCGUAGCUGCCUGCGGCCCAAUCAGAGAGGCUGUUCCCUGCGGGAGGCUCGCCGUACCCGGAUGCCAGCAGAGCCGGCGCGAGGUCUUUGUGCGGGUUCCGCGGCGGCGGAGAGGAGCGCGCGCGUCAGCCAUGGGCGGCAAGAACAAAAAGCACAAGGGCGGCAGCGGCGCCGCGGGGGCUGGGGCGGUCCAUCACGCCGCGGUAGCCGCAGCCCGGGCCAAAGCGGCGGGUGCCGGCACGGCCGAGUCCGGAGCCGCCGGCGAAGCUGCCGGCAAGAGAACCUCGGCGCCCCGCCCAAGCCCCGCUGUCAAGGACCCGCGCCUGAAGCAAGGUCCAAAAACCUACAGCUUUGGUUCAUCAUCUGACUCUGGUGCUUCUGCAAAUGCAGAUAAAUCUAUUCUUAAGGUGGUGAUUAACAGUAACUUGGAAAAAAGGAUUAUUGGUGUAAUCAAUGAGCAUAAGAAACAAAGUGGUGAACAGGGUAUGAUUUCUAGAAGACUUACAGCAAAGAAAUUACAGGAUGUAUACAUGGCCUUGCAAGGAUUUUCUUUUAAGACUGAAGAUAUUGAAGAAGCUAUGAAAAAUACUAUUUUGUAUGGUGGUGAUCUACAUUCUGCACUAGACUGGCUGUGCUUAAACCUUUCUGAUGAUGCAUUGCCUGAAGGUUUCAGCCAGCAGUUUGGUGAAGAACAGCAGAAAACUAGAGCAAAAUUCCAUUCUCCUUUGCCUCGAAGUGAAACUCCCCAGGUACCAAACAAUAAAAAGAAGGAAGACGACAAUGAAAAAAAGGUAAACACAGGAAAACACAAGGAUAUCAGCAUGAAGGAAUGGAUCUUGCAGUAUGCAGACCAACAGAGUGACGAGGAGAACGGCGAAUCCAUGCAAAAUUCAGAGGAAGAAAAAUUUGAUCCGAAUGAAAGAUAUUUACACUUGGCUGGGAAACUUGUGGAAGCAAAAGAACAAGCAAGUUCUUCCAAGCAAGACAAAAACAAGCAAGGACAGAAGGUGGCACAAGAGAAAAUAAGGCGUAUUCAACAAGAAAUGGCAGUACUGGAAGAACACCCCGUGUUUAAUCCUGCAAUAAAAGUUACAAACCAGCCAAGUGACAAGAAAAAGGUUCCUGUGCCUCUUGAAAUGGGCGGUGCAUUGAAUUUGCUUGAAAAAACCCAAGCUCCUCCUGAGGAACAAAAAGUGAAAAAGAAAGAACCUCAGGACGUGAGGAAUUUUGAUUAUACUGCUCGAAGCUGGACUGGGAAAUCACCAAAACAGUUUUUGAUUGACUGGUGCAGAAAACAUUAUCCCAAGUGCCCAAACCCAUCUUUUGAAAAAGUUCCAGCAGGAAGAUAUUGGAAAUGUAGGGUGAGAGUUACCAAGUCGGCUGAUGAAACAAUGACAGCAAUUCCCACAAUCCUUACAGAGGACAGCAUGCAGGCUCAACAUCUGGCUGCCACAUUAGCACUUUACCAAUUAACCAAAGGACAGUCAGUCCAUCAGUUACUUCCUCCCACAUACAGGGAGGUUUGGCUAGAAUGGAGUGACACUGAAAAGAAAAAGGAAGAAGAAAACAAGAUGGAAACCAACAAACCCCGUGACCAGUUCAUUGCUAAACUGCUAAACAAGCUGAAACAGCAACAGCCGCCGCCGCCUCUGGAAAGCAAGCCCCAAAUAUUGGAAGAUGCAGAAGACUCUUGGGAGAACUUGGUUUCUGAAGAGGACUUUAGUGGCCUCUCUCUCGACAGCCCAGUUACAGAUGACCUGGAACCUGCUAGGACCCUCUUUAAGAAACUGCAGAAUACACCUAGAUACCAGAGGCUUUUAAAGGAGAGGGAGCAGUUACCUGUGUUCAGAUACCGACAUGCCCUCAUAGAAACUCUUAAAAAGCACCGAGUUGUGGUUGUGGCUGGUGAAACAGGGAGUGGCAAAAGUACCCAAGUUCCACAUUUUUUGUUGGAGGACUUGCUGCACAAUGAACGAAAUCUGAAUAAGUGCAAUAUUGUUUGCACCCAACCCCGAAGGAUCUCGGCAGUGAGUUUGGCAACCAGAGUAUGUGAAGAGCUGGGCUGCGAAAGUGGACCUGGAGGAAGAAAUUCCAUGUGUGGCUAUCAAAUCCGUAUGGAAUCCCGAACAGGCGACGCCACUAGAUUGCUUUACUGUACAACAGGAGUUCUUCUUCGAAAGCUGCAAGAAGAUGUUCUUCUUUCUAAUGUGUCACAUGUUAUAGUAGAUGAGGUCCAUGAAAGAAGUGUUCAAUCAGAUUUCUUGCUAAUUAUCCUAAGAGAGAUCCUGCACAAGCGUUCAGACCUGCAUCUUAUUUUGAUGAGUGCCACAGUAGACAGUGAGAAAUUCUCCAGCUAUUUCACUCACUGUCCCAUACUAAGAAUUUCAGGAAGAAGUUAUCCUGUAGAGGUUUUCCAUGUUGAAGAUGUGAUAGAGGAAACUGGUUUUAUUCUUGAGAAAGAUUCUGAAUACUGUCAGAAAUUUUUGGAAGAAGAAGAGGAAAUAACAAUAAAUGUUACUACCAAAGGAGGAGGAGUUACAAAAUACCAGGAACAUAUUCCAGUUCAGGCUUCACCGGGUAUUGAUUUAGGACCUUACUACCAAAAAUUUAGCAGUCGAACCCGUCAAGCCAUUUUUUAUAUGAAUCCCUACAAGAUAAACUUUGACCUCAUCUUGGAGUUGCUUGCAUUCCUAGACAGAACUCCCCAGUUCAAAAAUGUAGAAGGAGCUGUCUUGAUUUUUCUGCCAGGCCUUGCUCAUAUCCAACAGUUGCAUGACCUCAUUUCAACUGACAGAAGGUUUAAUAUAAGGGAGAGGCACCAGUUAAUAGCACUGCAUUCUGUUCUGUCCACCCAAGACCAAGCAGCUGCAUUUACAUUGCCCCCGUUUGGUGUUAGAAAGAUUGUUUUGGCCACAAAUAUUGCUGAAACAGGUAUUACUAUACCCGAUGUUGUUUUUGUAAUUGACGCUGGAAGGACAAAGGAAAAUAGAUACCAUGAAAGCAGUCAAAUGAGCUCAUUGGAGGAGACAUUUGUCAGUAAAGCUAGUGCACUACAACGUCAAGGGAGAGCUGGACGUGUGAGGGAUGGAUUUUGCUUCCGAAUGUACACCAGAGAUAGAUUUGAAAGUUUUGCAGACUACUCAGUUCCAGAAAUAUUGCGGGUGCCCUUGGAAGAACUGUGCCUUCACAUCAUGAAAUGUAAUCUUGGAUCUCCUGAAGAGUUCCUCUCCAAGGCCUUAGACCCACCUCAGCCUCAAGUAGUUGGCAAUGCCAUGAACGUUCUACGGAAGAUUGGGGCUUGUGAAUUAAGUGAGCCAAAACUGACUCCUUUAGGCCAACAUCUUGCAGCAUUACCAGUCAAUGUAAAGAUUGGUAAAAUGUUGAUCUUUGGUGCUAUUUUUGGCUGCUUGGAACCAGUGGCCACUCUUGCUGCAGUAAUGACAGAAAAAUCUCCAUUUACAACACCAAUUGGAAGAAAAGAUGAAGCAGACCUUGCGAAAUCAUCUCUGGCUUUGGCAAACUCAGAUCACUUAACAAUUUACCAGGCAUAUCUGGGAUGGAAGAAAGCUCGCCAUGAAGGAGGCUACCGUGCUGAAAUGACCUACUGCAGGAGAAAUUUCCUCAACAGAACUUCGCUAUUGACUCUGGAGGAUGUUAAAAAAGAGCUAAUCAGGGUGGUGCGGGCAGCAGGAUUUGCAGCGCCCUCCUGUCAUCAUGAAGGGACACACUCCCUUUCGCUACAAGAAAUGGUCCUCCUUAAAGCUGUGCUGACCGCUGGGCUUUAUGACAAUGUGGGGAAGAUCAUGUACACCAAGUCUGUAGAUAUCACAGAGAAGCUGGCAUGCAUAACAGAGACUGCUCAGGGUAAAGCACAAGUGCACCCUUCCUCUGUGAACAGGGACCUGCAAACCUAUGGGUGGUUGAUAUAUCAAGAAAAGAUAAGAUAUGCCAAGGUAUACCUGAAAGAAACUACUUUGAUUUCCCCCUUCCCAAUUUUACUUUUCGGCGGAGACAUAGAAGUCUUGCAUCGUGAACGGCUUUUGUCUGUUGAUGGCUGGAUCCAUUUUCAGGCUCCUGUCAAAAUCGCAGUGAUUUUCAAGCAACUGAGAGCACUCAUCGAGUCUGUUUUAAAGCAAAAACUUGAAAACCCUAAAAUGUCACUUGAAGAUGAUAAAAUUUUGAACAUCAUCAAAGAACUGAUAAAAACAGAAAACAAUACCUGAAACAAGAAUUUGGCUGCAACUACAGAACCACAAUAAUUGGAAGAAGAAAAUUAUAUCUAAAGUAAAGAACAUGCUAACUGUAAAAGAACAUAAUAGUAUCAUGUGGAAUCUGCUUGGACUUUGCAUAUAUUUUCUAUGUAAAUCUGUGAAGAAUAGGAAUGCAUUGUAAAAUGACAAUAAAAUUGGGUGGCCCUUG